CCCAUAGUUGUCACCACUCACCAAUUAGCAUGGCUGCUUAUUCUUCUUUCCUUUCAUUUAUCUUCUUCUCCUUCCUCUUGGGUUCAUUCUCCAUCUCUAAAGCCACUGUUCCUGCCAACGAAACCUUCCGUUAUGUCAACGAAGGUGAAUUAAGAUUGGGUACCGAUUACAUAACCUUUGUUUCUGAAUACGCACCAACUUACCGUCCACUUCCGGCCUUUACCUUUCCUUUCCAGCUCUGUUUCUACAACACCACCCCAAAUGCGUAUACUCUCAGUCUUCGCAUGGGGGCAGUCCGUACACGAACGGUCCUGCCUUGGGUCUGGGAAGCCAAUCGUGGUAAACCAGUCCGCGAAAACGCCACAUUCUCAUUAGGCUCUGAUGGAAACCUCAUACUAGCUGAAGCUAAUGGCCAGAUUGUGUGGCAGACCAACACCGCCAAUAAGGGUGUUGUCGGUUUCGCUAUAUUAUCCGAUGGUAACAUGGUGCUUCGUGACUCGAAGGGUAACUUUGUAUGGCAAAGUUUUGAUUCCCCAACUGAUACUCUCUUGAUCGGACAAACUCUCCGGGUUAAAGGAGGCCCGUACAAGCUUGUCAGCAGGGAGUCGGUCACCAACAACGUUGACGGGGUUUAUAGCUUCGUAAUAGAGCCUAAAAGAUUGGCUUUGUAUUACAAGAACAACAUGCCCUACUGGUCAUCCACGUUCCCCGAAUUAAACAGAAAAAAUGUGACUAUUGUAAAUGCAACGUUGGUAAUUCAAGAAUCUGAAUACGAAGAGAACAACUAUAACGCACUCAGGUGUAAUAUUCUAAACGGUCAAUCAUGGGAUUUUCCUAAUAUAGAUAUGGGUCAAGUUCAGUACAAUAGCUCGUUAUCAUAUCUCCGAUUGGGCAUCGAUGGGAACCUACGACUCUACACAUACCGGUUAAAUGUGGAGGGAGGCGCAACGUGGAAGUUGUUGUACACUAUGUUUGAUAAGAGCGAGGAUGAUAAUGGGAUGAUUUUUGAAGACGAGUGUCACUUACCAAAUCGGUGUGGGAAGUUUGGGCUUUGCAAGGAUAGCCAAUGUGUCGGAUGCCCGACGCCAAACGGGGUUGUUGAGUGGAGUGAAGAUUGCAACACCAAGUCUCCGGGUUGUAAUGCGAGUGGAUUCAAAUAUUAUGAGCUUAAAGGAGUCGACCAUUUCACGGUUAAGUAUACAGGCGGGACUGGACCGGUGAAACGGAGCGAUUGCGAGAGCAAAUGCACGAAGGAUUGCAAGUGCAUGGGAUAUUUCUAUCAUACGGAUAGGUCGAGGUGUUGGAUUGCUUACGAGUUGAAAACAUUGUCUAGGGUCGGGAACUCAACUCACUAUGCAUACAUCAAAACGCCCAUCUCCUAGCCUUUCGGUUAGGUUCUAUAACUUGUUUCUUGAGAAUAACGAAGAUCAAGAUUUUAGACUGUUACCCUUUCUGAAAUUUUAAGCUUCCAUUGUGUGUUUCCUUUUUGUUGAAAUGAUAUGUAUGUUUCAAAUUAUAUAAAAAAGGGAACAUGAAUAAUAUAAAUAUAUAUUUAUUAUGAAUU